AUGGCUCGUCUUCUUCUUCUACUCAUCUUCUCCUUCCAUGUAACGGUAACAAUCUCUUUCUCAAAUUCAAAUUAUAUCAAAUCUCUCUGUAACUUAUGCUCUGUUUGUUUGCAGGUUUUAUUAGCAACAAAUUCAAGAAGGGUGAAUACAAAUUAUGCAAUCUCCAUAAACAAUAAUACAAAUCAAGAAAACCCAUUUUCACCAAAAGCUUCAUUAACCCGUUAUUGGAAAUUACACAUUUCAAAUUCUCUCCCAAAACCUAAUUUCCUCAUCUCCAAAUCCUCUCCUCUCUCCGCCGUCAAAGCCGCCUUCUUUUCAAAUCUCGCCGCCCAUAACAAACUCUCCACCCACCUCUCCUCCUUUUGCUCCUCCGCAAAUCUCCAUUGUUCAUUCGAUUCCGCCCCGAACACUAAACGCAUCGGCGACGAUGCUAAUUUCGCGGUUUACGCGAACAAACGGUUUAACAACUAUGGACCUGGGAGUCUAGGCGGAACAGACGAAUUCAAAAAUUAUUCAUCGGAGGGAAUUAAUUUCUCCUCAGAUGAAUUCAUUCGAUACAGCCGAUCCGCCACGGGACAUGGAGAGAAAUUCGCGACGUAUUCUGACGAGGGAAACGUCGCGAAUACAAAUUUCUCUUCGUAUGCAGGGGCAUCCACUGGCGGAUCAGGUGAAUUCUUGAACUAUCAUCGACGUGUGAAUGUACCGAAUCUUGGGUUUGCCGCGUAUGAUGCGAAUAGCAACGGACAUUCUAGUUCUUUCGCUGGUUAUACUUUGGAAACUAAUUCUGGGAAUGAGAACUUUAUUAGCUAUGGAAAGAAUGGUAAUGGCGUUCCUGAAUCAUUUAAUGGAUAUGGUGAUUCGUCGAACAUUGUUGGUUCUGCGUUUACGGCUUAUGGAGAAGAGGGUAAUAGUGGGAAUGAUUCGUUUAAAGCUUAUACAUCAAAUGCUAACAAUCCGAAUAACAAUUUCAAAGCGUAUGGACAAGGUGGUAACUCGGGAACUGAGGAAUUCUCGAGUUACCGGAGUGGAGCGAAUUCGGGUGCCGAUUCGUUUCAAUCGUAUGCUAGGAAUUCCAAUUUUGGGAAGGUGAAUUUCGGGAACUACGGGAAGACUUUUAGCGGAGGGAUAGACAAUUUUCGUGAAUAUGGUCGGGGAUCGUCCGGUCAAUCGGUCGGGUUUAAACUCUAUGGUUUGAACAAUACUUUCAAAGAUUAUGCUAAAGACGGGAUCACGUUUACGGGUUAUAAGAACGCAACCUCUUUAACCGCUCCCGAUGGUAAUUUUGUCAGGAAAUGGGUCGAGCCGGGGAAGUUCUUUCGAGAAUCUGAACUUAAAUCGGGUACGGUAAUGAAUAUGCCUAACAUUCGUGACGCCAUGCCCAAACGGUCGUUCUUGCCUCGUUCUAUAGUCUCGAAUUUACCUUUUUCAACCUCGAGGUUAGACCAAUUGAAACAAUUGUUCCAUGUGAGCCAUGGCUCGUUGGCCGAACGGGUCUUGGUCAACGCGUUGACCGAAUGCGAGAGAAACCCUAGCCCGGGCGAGACAAAGCGAUGUGUCGGAUCCAUUGAGGACAUGAUAGACUUUUCAGUCUCGGUUCUCGGCCCAAAUGUGGUGGCCCGAACAACCGAGAAUACAAACGGGUCGGGACAAAGUGUUAUGAUUGGAAACGUUGUUGGAUUAAACGAUGGAAAUAUAACUAAGUCCGUGUCGUGCCACCAAAGCCUUUAUCCUUAUUUGUUGUAUUAUUGUCAUUCGGUCCCGAAGGUCAGGGUUUAUACUGCAGAUAUUCUCGACGUGAAAACUAAGGUAAAAAUUAAUAACGGGAUUGCAAUUUGUCAUCUCGACACAUCUGAUUGGAGCCCGGGACAUGGGGCUUUUUUGGCGCUUAAAUCAAGCCCUGGUCUCAUAGAGGUUUGUCAUUGGAUAUUCGAGAAUGACAUGAAUUGGACGGUUGCGGAUUCAUAGUCAUUAUGUAAUGUUAAUUUAUGUUUGUAAAAUGUUUAUGGUUAAAUUAAUUAUUAAACAAGAUUGGAGUGUUUGAGAAGCAAU